GUCAAGUAUGCGACAGGACUUGCGUUGACACUCAAUGACUAAACGACCAACUCACAUCGCAAUUUGGAUUAUAUCGUCUGAUGGCUGGCAAUAGUCAUCCAAUGGAAUAAGCAUAUCGUACACACCUUUACCUGGAGGCUUUGAUGUGCUUGGACUCUGACCUAACCUGGUUCCUCACUUAUCCAAAGACUUUCAACUACAUCUGUGUAAAUCCACAGUGAAAGAGAUGUUGGCAGAGCUAUGGACUAGUGAAGAAUAGAUAACAGCUCAAAUGGACUGAAAAUCAAAAGAUGGCAAUGAUUUACCAUUUAAGUGUGAAAUACUGAACAAAGGAAUACAUACAAAAGGCUUCAAGGACUUCUGAGAUCAGCUUAAUCAGAUAUAUAAAACAUUUAAAUCCUCAUUAAAGACUGUCAAGAUGCCACUUAAAGCAUCCUUAUACAGAAAACCAACCUCCAGAAUAUCAAAGCGCAGAGAGGUGCUCUCGGUCAACAUGAUCAGUCUACCAUUGGCUGAUUUCCGUCAUAUUUCACAUAUUGGAAAUGACGUCAAUAGAGACAGCUUUGGAGACCUAUCUUUUUUAAAAAUGAGCCACAGUCUGCUUUUACAAAGCUCCCUAAGUGAGCAAAACCUUUUCUUGGCCUGCUCUCCGCCACCAAAGCCCCCUCGUCUGAAUAUGGAAGCAGAGGGAUCCGAGAGCCUGGACUGGUCUGUGGGCCACCAAGAAAAUACAGGUCAGAAGAGGAAAAAAUGCAGCUCUAUGCCACUGCUGGACAGCGAGGGAGGUGAGGAAGGUGAUGAAGGAAAUUUAGAAAUGGGAGAACGAUACCAAAAAGAAAUGAACAUUGGGACUAAUCAGUCCUACAGCGUUGGAUGGGACAACCUAAGUAGGGACAGGGAUGGACAUUCCACAGUAACCAGUGACAUACUAGAAGUGCAACAGAAAGAGGAAGACAAUAGCUUUUCCUUUAGCCUCGACCUGGGUCCUUCCAUCUUGGAUGAUGUUCUACAGAUGGCUGAUGUGAAGGGGUGAUAGCAGAAUGAAUAACAGAAGAGGGAUCUGAUUGUUUGAUUUCAGAUAAUGUCCAAUGAGAUGGGUCCUCUGCGGUUGAGGUCACUGACCUUAAACCAGAUGUGGAUCAACAAUAUGUCAUGUUGGGCCUCUUUAGUGAGAAUACUUCUCAGAGAGGACUAAUUUGAAAAUCCCCCUUCCACGGUGUUGUUUUCAGUCUCAGGAGCAGAGUUCAAAUGUAUGAAGCAAUCGGCUUUAGAUAUCAGCAAAGCAAACUAGGUUACUUUAAUAACAUUUUAAAAGAUUAGUCUAACAAUUCCCAGUGUGCAGCCUAAAUCUUCCAUGGCAAAUGGACUGCAAGGAGGGAAACACAGUUUGCUAACUAUGGAGGUACACAGAAGUGGUGGGAUAAUUGAAGUCAUUAAUUUAAUUUAAUUUCACAUAUACUGAAAGUUUGUGUGUAUUAAAACAUGUGCAAACUUGACAGCACGCGCAAAGCUGAUCUACUAAACUUGUGCACAGAGGAUGGCUUCUCUUAAACAAGCAAAAUAAGGAGCGCAAUCCAUUUCAUACAUUACUUCUCAUUAACUUCCAAAGACGCAUUUAUCCAAUGAUUCUUUAGUUUCGCUGCAAUGGAACAACCCAUUCUAUGCUCCCCAAUUGAAGUUAAUGGACACUCGGAUGCAACAAUGUUUAAUGCACUGUGACGCUACCGCAACUAAUGAGAAGAAUGUUUUGUCAGCUGUCGCAAAAGUAACUAAUUCUGAACAAAAGUUGAACGCAUUCUGGCGAAUAUUUAGUCAAACAAAUGUAAACACAAAAGUACGUAAUUCACCACUUUUUGUUUUAUUUUAGGGGAAGGUUCCCUUGCAGUCUCAGAGCCACAGAUGGAUGGUCAAAAAACUAAAAAUAUUUGACAUGGUCUAUUCAGCGAUAUCAUUUUUAUUAUUAUAUCUGCAGAACGACUUUAGGGGCUGAUUAACAAACCCCAAAACGGUUUAAACUUGAAAAAUUCUCUGUCAGUGGUUUAUAUUUCAAGAUUGCCGAUAUGCUCAUUUUGCUGUCAAUCAAAAAGAGAUUCAGCCUCUGACAGAUCAUCCAAACAUUAUGCGGAAGUCCGGCGUCCAGGCCAGCCAAGGCCGAGCCCACUUUCAUUAACUUCCAAAGACGCAUUUUUAGAAUUAUAUCUGCUGAAUGACUUUAGGGGCAGAUUAAACAAAUUAUGUUGAUAUGUUUUGGUGUCUGUUUAACUUUUUAAUGAUGUUUUUUUUUUAAUAUACAGCAGUGAUCCUCAACAGGCGGACCGCGGUCCAUGUCCGGACCCAGCGACGUGUCCGUCCGGAUCCAGCACGAAUUAUAGUAAAAAAAAAUAAAAAUAAAAAAAUAAAAAUAAAUGUUUUAUUAUUAUAAUUAUAAUUAUUAUAAAAAUAUAUAAUAAUUGUAUUUAUCUGUGAGUUAUCGCUAGCGCAAGUCAACGUUCUUUGUUGUUUUUAGUCAAAUAUCUCCACGUUUCGUUUACAUUUCUCGUGUCUCACUCACUCCGUCUCUCUCUCUCUCUCUCUCAGAGAGAGAGAGAGAGAGAGACGGAGUGAGAGCGAGAGAACGCCACUCUGAUUGGCUAAUUCCGGGGUAUGGGUUGUCAUCUCUAUCACAACGACGCGCUGAUAGGCUGUUACCACCUGGGUCAUACACAUGUGCACAGUGCAUAUGGAACCUUUCGCUGCAGGCACACAGUUGUCUCGUAUCGCUACUUCGCUAACUGUUCACUCGUUAGUCACUGAAUGUGAAUCAAAUCUCAAUGGCAUGCUCCAAGUUGGCUCAGGCUGGUAAAAGAAAGGUGGACAGGGAAAACCGACGUUUCAAGGAAGAAUGGACAGAGCAAUAUGUUUUCAUCCUACCUACUGCAAGUACCAGACCAAUGUGUCUAAUAUGCAACAGUACUGUUGCUCUGGUGAAAAGUGAAAAUCUGAAACGUCACUAUCUGAAAGAGCACCGCGAAUUUGAAGAGACAUUUCCUCAUGAUUCAGAGCUAAGAAAAAAAGAAAUCACGAGGCUGAAAAAGUCAUAUGAUACAUCAAGCAAGAUUUUUGUUAAAUCUAUGACACAACAACAAAUAGCAACGACAGAGCAGUGACGUGCGGUGAGGUUGAUGGCUGGUGAGGCACUGACUUCAUCACAGUCAGAUUUACAAACAUAUGAACCCUAAAGAGUAUCUUAUUCACCAUUUGAUUGACAGCAGUUAACGGGUUAUGUUUAAAAGCU